AUGGCAGCCGCUCAAUUGCUGUCGGCCUGGAUCAAGGGGCAGAAGCUUCAGGGGCCGCUCAUGAAAGAUGCGCCCACCUUCUACAAAAACCUCGAGGAAGCUCUCGACGUGCGGAGAGCCGACCAUGCCAUGUUCACGCGCACCAAGAGCGCCUGGAAGCUGGGCGUGGCCGUCGACUUUUGCUCCAACGAUCUCCUGUCGCUGGGCGCCACGGGGGCCAUCCGGCGGGCCUUUCUUGAGGAACUCGCCGAGAACCCAGACUUCAACCUGUACGCCGGCGGCUCACGGCUCAUGGACGGCAACUACGACUACAUUGAGCAGGUCGAGCAAGAAAUCGCCGACUUCCACGGCGCCGAGACGGCCCUGAUUGUCGGGUCCGGCUAUGAGGGCAACGGCGCCAUCUACGCGGCCAUCCCGCGCCCGGGCGACGCCAUCGUCUACGACGAGCUCGUCCACGCCAGCGUGCACGACGGCAUGGCGCACUCGGUGGCCAUGACCCGCGUCCCCUUCCGCCACAACGACGUCGACGCUUUGCGAGAUGCCAUUGCAACCGUCCUCGACACGCAGCCCAUGAUCCGCGACGGGUCGCGCUCCAUCCUCAUCUCGGUCGAGUCCGUCUACAGCAUGGACGGCGACGUCUGCCCGCUCGUCGACAUGCUCGAGGUCGCCAAGGAGAUGUGCCCCAAGGGGAACGCAGUGUUUAUUGUCGACGAGGCGCACGCCACGGGCAUCCUCGGCCCCAAGGGCGCCGGUCUCGUCAGCGCCCUGGGUUUGGAGAAGGAAAUUGCGGUCCGAUUACAUACCUGUGGAAAGGCGUUGGCUUCGACCGGAGCUGUGAUACUAGGAAAUGCGACGGUGCGCUCCGUCAUCAUGAACUUUGCUCGAUCUGUCAUCUACACAACGGCGCCGUCCUACCCAACCGUAGCGGGGAUCCGCGCCGCGUACCGUCUCAUGUCCUCUGGCGCAACCCAAGAAGCUCAAAACACGAUCCAACGGCUCGUGAAGCAUUUCUUCCGGAGCAUGACGCAGAACGCCGUGUGGGACAAGGCCAGCGCCAUGGGCAUCCUGUCGAUCCCCGUCAUGGAGGAGGGCGACUGGGAAACCAAAGAAUUCCACGCCCACAUUGUGCCCGUCUGGACACGGCAGCGCUACAACUGGUGGCUCGUCUUCCACCUGCAGCUGUCGGGCAUCUCGGCGUUCCCCAUCGACUACCCGACCGUGCCCAAGGGCCAGAGCCGGAUCCGCCUCAUGUUCCACGCCGCCAACACCGAGGACCAGGUCACGCUGCUGGCAAACACCAUCUGCGCAUGGGCCGCCGAGAUGAUCGCCAUCGAGGAGGGCACCGAGGGAAACAAGGGGACGAACAAGAUGCCCAAGGCCGCACAGCAAGUCUAUGCCCUCAUGGCGGCGAGUGCGUGA